AGUGCUGGAGAAACAGGCGCUGGGCGGUGCUAACCAGACUGGUAUUAAAGAUUGCGCGGGGUGAAAAGCAACUACGGGACGUACGAACACAGAGGUACGGAAAGGAACGAAAAGAAGAGUCGACGCUUACGCAAACCUGAAAGAGGCGACAGGUUAAAGGUGAAUUUCCAGGAGCGGUGCCUCAGUCAGAAACCUGAGUUUGUGUUUCAGUGGGUGAUGGUGGUACUUUGCUUAGAAGCAUAGAAAGUGACUGGACCUAAGACAGCGAGAACCUACUAACGGAGAACAGUGAAUACGGCAACUGACAGCAUGCGAAUUCUACAGGAAGCCGUCGUUUUAGCCGCUUUCUCGGCGUUUGCGGUAAGCCAAAACUCUUUGAGUCUUCCAGAUGGCGCAGAACUGCUAGUCGGGGACAUUCGUUCCACGUUUUCCUGUCCAGAUCGGUACGGUUACUUCGCCGAUAUCGAUACUGAUUGCCGUGUCUUUCAUGUGUGCAACCCCGUAGCACACCCUAAUGGUCUAAGCGAGAUGCAACAUUUCUCGUUUGUAUGUGGCAAUCAAACGAUCUUCGAUCAACUGAGCCUCUCAUGUGCUUACCCCGAGGACGCAAUUCCUUGUAAGACCGCAAGGUCAUUUUUCUACCUUAAUGAACGCGUUGGUCAAGAAGAGGUCGAUAUUCACAACGAAAAUGAUAUUGCUCAAGCAGCCCCACACGUUCCACGUUACCUAGGAAAAUGGGGAGCACCUGUAAAUGGAAGAAGGCCUACAGCAGUUACCGCUUUGGCAACUCCGCAACCCUCGGCCGUACGAAACAAAGUUGCUAGACAUGUGGACCGCUUAACAAAAGCCAAACCCAAAAAUAACAGCCAUGAAGUUUUUCUGGCACCGAAUUCUGUCUCUCCAAUACAUAAGAAACCUACUUUCCAUAAAAACAAGCUUACUCAAGUAGCCCAAACAUUUAAAGUUGAUGGCACUCCCCAAGGCUCGACUUCACCACUCCCAGUACAAAAUGCAGUUCUUACUUUGCCAACACCCCGUCCAAUCAGCCAUCCUCCUAAACACCGAGUCGCGCCACCUCCACAGCUAGCUCCAAUCUUUAUUAAGGAAACACCAAUCAGAAAUACGGUAGCUGCAGAUCAACACCCGGCAGUUGUCAUUACAGUGCCACCCCCUAACUCAACGAGCGAUUUACAAAGCACCUUUUUCGUGAACACGUUAAGAGCAACGCGUCGUGCACCCCAAGAGCUGCUUCGAACUUCACUUGCUCCUCCAUCAACAGAAGCACCUGACAGUCCAGCGACGUUCCGCUUUGGAAUAACAACGGCAGAUUCUCCAACGACCACAACGAACCGGUUUUUCCAGACGACAAGGAACAGUCGAAUCAAUGUAUCUGGCGCUACCGGGUCAACUGUAACCGAGACUCUUGACGUAACAGGAAGUAGCGAUAAUUUUACGCCAACAGCGGAUACUGUUGGGUCUGUAACGAAAAGUGACAGCGGAGCAACGCUCUUCAUGAGGGAUAAUACCAGUAGAGACAAAACAGAUUCAUCAACCUUUGUGGGAACGUCUACUGAAGCCACGGAUUCUUCCCGGCCCCAAACGACACCCCUAGCAAGCACCACGGAAUCAAAGUCCGAUGCUCUCCAGACGAUCCUGUCCGUAGGACCCCGCGCAGAGGGUGCAACCAAACCUGCAGGCAGACGACUUCGGCGAAAACGUGUGAAGACGCUAUCAACGGAGACGACGCCGGCUACCAAUUAAAAUCAUCACACACGAGAAGCUCAAAACAGUGAAGCAAAUGAAUGACUGUGCAUGGAAAUCACCUGCAGGCAUAUUUCAUUAUCCACAACCAUCCGAAAUACACAUAAAUCAUACUACGAAGAAUCGUCGAUACACGGCGUUAGUUUAUUAGCCCGAAAGCUAUGUAGUAGACCAUAUCUUUCACGUAUAGUUUCUGUCUAUUACGACAAAAAACAUCUUUCAUCACAUCCAAAGAUAAAUUUCUUGUUUCGUUGUAUAUGUCACAGCGAUGUUCGAAUAGGCCUUAGCUCAACAAGGCUCAUGAGUACUCAUAACGUGACGGUGGUUACUACACUGUAAAUACAUAGCGCCGCCCAUACGGCGGAAUUUGCCAAACGAAUAUAAAAUAUAUAAAUAAAUAUAUAUAC